AUGGCACCCAAAAAGAAGUUGACGGAUGUUCAGCUGCUGGACGAGAAGAGGCAGCAGUUGGAGUUGCUGCGGCGGCAGUGUCAGGCGGUAGAGCAUCUUCUGAUGUUAGCUAGCGAAGAGAUACGUUGCGUGGAUCACGAGAAGACCGUCCUGAAGAAGAGGCUCGCGGAGCUGCAGGAGCAGUGUGAGGCGGUGGAGCAAAAGACGGACGAGCAGGUUCGCAUGAUGCAGAAUAUGUCCACAACGUGCGAAGAGCAACUCCGACAACGACACAAAAACCUCGAGAAGACGGUGGCAGACGCGGAGCAAAACAACGCAGCGCAGCGCCACAAGAUCGAGGAGACGCGGCGCGUGAAAGGGGAGGAGCUGCAGCGUCUUAAGGACGGAGUCGUGUCUCUUCGGCAGGAGUUGGAGGCGAAGGCGCUACAGUACGGAGUGCAGCUGCUAGAUGUGCUCCUGGUACAGGAGUAG